AUUUUCUACGAUUUUCUCCGGUAAACUACUUUGUUACGUAAUAUACGUCAAAAACCUCGAAAAGUGGGGAAUUACCUAACCCUGAUUUCUAUUACCCUCUGAGUCGCGACGGUGGCGACACUGACUGACACUGACAGUGCACUUCAAAGAAAUACUGUUUGGGAUCGAUAUCCUAUCUUAUCUACUCUGGAGCCAUAAGCAAUAACCAACCAACCGAUCAUCCUAUUUUAUCUUUGGAUAUACGUGGCACUGUCAUAUUUUGUGGCACUAUUUAGAUACGUUAUGUUUUUUACAAUUACCAAAAUGUAUUUGAAAAGCGUGUAGACAAUAAUUUCAAUCUCCUAAAAUCUUGCUGAUACUUAUGGUGAAUUGUUAUGUCAAGUGGUUUAUCUGUUCCAUAAAUAUCGCUAGACCAUGUCCGUUGUUGAAAAAGUAAUUUUGGUCACUGGAGGAUCAGGGUUAGUUGGCAAAGCAAUUGCUGCCGAAGUGGCUGAAAAGUCAUUACCAGAUGAGAAGUGGAUAUUCGUUGGAUCAAAGGAUGGAGAUCUCUGCAAUAAACAGAGUACCGAACUUUUGUUUGAAAAAUACAAGCCCACUCAUGUGAUCCAUUUAGCUGCAAUGGUUGGGGGUCUCUUUCAUAAUAUGGCUCAUAACUUGGAUUUUUUGCGCAAGAAUCUUCAUAUGAAUGAUAAUGUGCUUCAGACAGCACAUGAGAAAAAUGUAAUUAAAGUUGUAUCCUGUCUUUCAACUUGUAUAUUUCCGGACAAAACGACAUAUCCUAUUGACGAAACUAUGAUUCAUAACGGUCCACCGCAUCCUUCAAAUUAUGGAUACAGUUAUGGAAAGAGAUUUAUUGACAUUGCAAACCGAGGGUAUAAUGAACAAUAUGGAAGACUUUACACAAGCGUCGUUCCAUGUAACAUAUUUGGGCCACAUGAUAAUUUUCAUCCAAGUGCAAGUCACGUAAUACCUGGACUUAUGAGAAAACUUUAUGAUUUAUCGAAAGAUGGAAGAACAGAAGAUAAGGAAUUCAUUGUAUUGGGAUCAGGCAAACCUUUACGACAGUUUAUUUUCAGUAGGGAUUUGGCUAAACUUAUGAUUUGGGUACUUCGGCAUUACGAAUCCGCAGAACCAAUUAUUUUGUCAGUGGAUGAGUCUCAAGAAGUAACGAUAUCCGAAGUAGCUGUAUGUUUAGCGAAGGCAUUUGAUUUUAAAGGAAAGAUUGUGUACGACUCGUCAGCAGCUGAUGGUCAGUACAAAAAAACAGCAAGUAAUGCAAAGCUACGAAAAUAUUUACCUGACUUUGAAUUUACACCAUUCAAUGAAGCUAUCAAGACUACAGUUGAUUGGUACUUGAAGAAUUAUGAUAAUGCAAGGAACUGAUUUCAGUUUAAAGCUAAAGCAACCUUUUGGGAACAGAAUAAUGGUUAGCUUUAAUGAAUUCUUUAUGUACAUAUUAUAUAUUUUUUAAAAUAAAAUCAUGCGCAAAAUCCCGUGUAUAUAAUACUGAAAAUAAAUUUCAUAUCAAAUCA